GAAGGGCUCAGUUCAGAAGAUGAGACUCGCUUGGCUGCUGUUUGGGUGUCUGAUCUCAGUCUGCCUCUCCCACAAGGUGGCGCUGCAGGCUGGAGCAUCGCUGUCAGUGCGCUGUCAGUAUGAGCGGUUUGGGCAGCGGUGGGCCAAGGUGUGGUGCAGACAGAGCUCCCCGCAGCACUGCAGCAUCGUGGCUGCCACAGACCAGCCUGGCCACGAAGGGAGGCAGCAGAUUCAGGACAACGUGACUCACGGCUUCAUCACCAUCACCAUGAGUGACCUGCAGAGCAGCGACUCAGGAGUCUACUACUGCGGGGUGCACUGCAAGGGGCGGGUCUACCUGCUGGGGGCGAUAGAGAUACAGGUGUCAAAAGCGCCCAGGACCCAGCGACGUGUCUCUUAUCCACUGACCACCACCUCUGUGAGAAGUACCUCUAUCACCUCCCUGUCUAUCCCCAGAGCCACCAAGACUGAGGAGAACCUCAAUGCUCUGCAGGACAGGGAGACGGACCUGAGCUAUUCUGUAUUGGCCACACUCCUCACCUGUCUGCUGCUGGUUUCCCUGGCAGUCUUUAUUAAAGGGAGAAUGCGCUACAAGACUGAUCUGAUAAGGCAUAAAAAAACACCUUUUGUCAUGGCCAGAUUUGCCCGUCGUAAAAAACAGGAAAAUGUGUACGGAGCAACGCCCCGUCGUGAUAAAGUAACAUUCUCCAGCGUUCAACACGGAGGACAGCCAGAGAACCUGCAAUCUUCUCAGAGUCAGUCUUCCAACAUUCCCGGAGGACCUUUCGACAUGCCCAGGGUAGAAGAUGCUGUAGAGUACACAGCAGUGUAUUUCUCUGGAGAGAUUAUGCAGGGAGAGCGGAAUGUCGGGGCUGCUGAAGACUGCACCAUGGUGGAGGGGACAGCCGGAGCUGGAUCAGUCAGCUUUCACAGCACCCCUCAGAACCCGCAGGCUGUAGUUUAUUCCAGGGUUUUUUAGGGACAGCGCAUUCUCCAUAGAGUCGAUCUUUUAAUGUGAUCAGCUCUGCACCGCCAGUGACAAUGCAAGAACAGGGGAUGUUUUUUUUUUAUUUAGGCUAUUAACUGUUGACAGCUUGCUUACUAAUAUAGAUAAUUCCUGUGUUUCAGCUUGGUAAUGGUUAGUAACAAAAUGCAUAAGCUUUGUAGUAGAAAUAACACAUGCAUAUGUAUUGCAGACUAUGAGUUUUGUUAAGGUAUCAAUUAUUUAUUGAUAUAAUAAAUCAUUAUACCCAAGGCUUAUACACAGGAGAAAUGCCUAGAGUUUUGAUGUGAACAUAUGGCAGUCAGGAUCAUAACUGUGUCUAAUCUACAAAAAUGAUAUUAUAUCAUAAUGGUUAAUGGCUAGGAUCACAGACUUGCACUUGGAAUGUUCAAUCAGUGCAUGCUGUGCCAGUUUUCAGAGUGAUCAUGAAGGUUUAUGCACAGAAUUCUACAUUAUAACGUAUAGCAGCUUUAAUGAAGGUGUUAAAAAUUGUAUUCAAUUCAAACAAAGCACUGGGGUCUUCUGCAGGGCAUUAAAUAAAACACAGACUUUCUAGCAGCAAAAGAAAUAUAAUUGUCUCAAAGAUUAUUUGUUAAAAUGUUUCCACAGUUGCUAAUCUCUGUGCUUCUCAAGGAUUCUUAUAUGCAUCACAAGCAAAAACUGCAGGCCUCCACUGCAGCGUGCGCUCCUGCACUCUCUCUCAUAAAGCACACCUUUAACGUGUCAUUAAUUAAUUCAAAUGAAAAGAACCCAGUUAAUUGCAGAAGGAAGAUUUAGUGCAUAAAGCAAUAAUGUGCACAUUUCUGAAAAGACUUACCGGUAACUGGAAAUUAUUUUAUGACGUUUUACUAUUGUAAUACAUUCUAACUGACAUGUCUAUUUUGCAGUGUACAUUUGUUCACUUGUUGUCGAUGGCAGAAAUUUGG